AUGCUGUUCCAAUGGUCGAGGCUGGAAGCAGGCACCAUUCGACUCGUGCGGUUUCUGCCAUACAGCACACCAAGCAAUCUCUACCUGGCUCUGGAACAUCGCUUCGGGUACUGGGAAGAGGCUGUGCAGUAUAAAGCAUUGUCGUACGUACAUGGCGACCACACGAACAGGAAGUCGGUCACGUUGGCCGGCAGAUCUUUCAUGAUCACGGCGAAUCUGUACGCUGCCUUGGCUGCUGUUUAUGCCCGUGGUGAGGGCGAUUGCUGGCUCUGGGUCGAUCAGCUAUGCAUGAAUCAUCAGAACAUUGCAGAGAAGAAUAGCCAGGUUGCGCAGAUGGGGUCCAUCUAUGCUUCAGCUGACAAGGUCUUGGCCUGGCUCAGACCACAGGACUCUAUGUUGCGUGAAUUAGCUACAGGCGAAGCGGAGCAGAACACUGGCCGGUCCAAGUGCCCAGGCCACGAUACAGCCGCCGUAUUACGUGACAUUGCCAGGCAUCCGUACUGGCAUCGAGCUUGGACCAGAGUCGAAGCUCUACGAGCGCAAUCCUUGGAAAUCAUGUACGGUGAUUGUUUCAUUAAGCAUGAGCAGCUCCAAUCCCUGCAUGGUAGUAUGCAGGUAGCUGACCAGGAAGUUCUGAGAGCAGCACUGCAGCGCUUCUUGCCGAAACCUGAACCAGGUCCUGCAGACGACAAUGUACACCCUGCAACAAUUCUGAGCGAAGUUAUGCUAGAGUACAGCAAGUGCAUAUCUUCGAAUGUACUGGACCGGAUCUUUGCAUUACUUAAUGACCCAAGGCUGGACACGCUACCUUUGAAGCACCGACCACAGCCGAACUAUGGACUCACUGCUCCUGGACUUGCUUCUGCUCUUGCCCUCUGGCACGAUGAUCUGCGUAAUGUACCAGCUACGAGUCCUACAAGCGGAAUGAAUCCCACCCUUUACGACUUCCAUGGUUGUUUGACUGCGGUAUUAGACUUGCCCUAA